GUUUAGUGUACCACGUGGGUAUCCCCAUGUUAUCUGCCCUUGAGUAACGUUAGCAUUUGUGUGGGUCUAUAAUGUCGUUUACCAAGACAACAGCGGGGAAAACCAUCGACAUCGUAAAGAAUCUACCUCGCAUUACACUCGCAAACCUUCGACCAAACCCCGGUGCAAAAAAAGAUGAAAAGCACAGAGGUCGUGGAAUGCAUGGAGGCAAUAAAAGUGGACGGGGGCAUAAGGGUGAACGGCAACGUGGUAAUCGACCCCGACUUGGCUUUGAGGGUGGACAGACUCCAUUCUAUCUGAUCAUCCCAAAAUAUGGCUACAAUGCCAAUCACAGUCGUCGGCCGCAGUAUCCCCCACUAUCCCUACGCAGACUCCAGUAUCUAAUAGAUUUGGGUCGUGUUGACCCCAUGCAACCCAUCGAUCUAACCCAACUUGUCAAUUGCAGAGGGGUUGCAAUCCAGCCUAUGAAACGAGACUAUGGCAUUCAGCUCAUUGAUGAGGGAGCUGAUAUAUUUAGUGCAAAAGUAAACCUUGAGGUCCAGGUUGCCUCAGAGAAAGCCAUUGCUGCAGUUGAGCGGAAUGGGGGUGUGAUCACAACCAGCUACUAUGAUCCUCGUAGCCUCCAAAUCCUCAUCAAACCAGUGCCCUUUCUUAUGUCUGGGGAGCCCAUACCCAAGCGCCUGCUCCCUGGUGAAGACCUUCUUCCAUAUUACACAGAUGCCAGUAACCGUGGCUACCUCGCAGACCCAGAUAAAGUCCAAGCUGCACGGCUAGGUCUGGCUAAAAAGUAUGGCUACACCAUACCUGACAUCACAACAGACACAUUUUUUGAAAUGCUGGUACAAAGAAAGGAUCCUCGUCAGAUCUUUUUUGGGUUGUCACCUGGAUGGGUGGUGAAUAUGGCAGACAAGAAGAUCCUCAAACCCACUGAUGAUAAAGUCUUGCAGUAUUAUGGCAAUAUUAAGUCUUUAUAGUUCUUCACAAUAUGAACGUGAACUAUGGAAAUAAGUUUGUGUAUAUAUAGUGAAAGUUGAAUAGCUUAAAUUCAAUGUCUGUAAUAAAAAGGUGAUUCCACAAUCA